GAUAAUUAUUUUGUUUUACACACAUUUUCAGGCUCCGCGUUGGGCCAACAAGUAUUUUUUAUCUGUAAACCAGAGGAGAUUGUUUGGCUUCUUUUUGAUGCCGGGCCCGGUUCGAGCGGGGAGCGGGGAGCGGUGGGGCGCAUGCGCUCCGGUGAUGGCGGCAGUGGUAAAUGUUGCGGAGGUUCAGCACCGGCUGGAGCUGUUGCAUCUGACUGUCUUCUCCCUCAGCUUCUCACCUUGUGGUCGGUACCUGGCCGCUGGCAACAACUAUGGGCAGAUUGGAGUCUUCAGCCUCUCAGCCGCCCUGAGUAUAGAAGCAACAGAAGAAAAUCAGAAACCCAUCUUCAUAUUCCAAGCUCAUGAAGGCCCUGUGUACAGCCUGGUCUCCACCAGUCGCCAUCUGCUAAGCUCUGGAACAGGAGAUGUCAAGGCCUGGAACUGGAAUGACCUCAUCAAAAAGAGUUGCAAGGAGGUUUGGUGUCGACGACCUGCAUUUGGGACGCGUUUGGACAUCCCAGAGAUAAACAGCUUGAUUCUCAACCAAGAGGACAACAGUCUGCUAAUGGCCUGUGGUGACAACACUGUCCAUAUCAUGGACCUGGAGCACGGGACCUUCACGCGCACACUGAAGGGACACAGCGACUACGUACACUGCCUGACCCUGAGAGACCCCAACGAGUGCAUCUCCGGCAGCGAGGAUGGUUCAGUGAGACUGUGGGAUUUACGGAUUGCCAGCCAGGUGCAGAUGAUCGAGCCUCACAAGUACGAGCAGUGCUCCAGACCCCAGUAUGGCAAGUGGAUCGGCUGCCUGACCACCACCGACUCCGACUGGAUGGUGUGUGGGGGUGGGCCGGCACUGACACUGUGGCACCUCCGCUCCGUAACGCCAACCACAGUGUACCAGCUGCAGGGAUGCCAGCAGCAAGUCACCCUGCACCAGGACUUGAUCCUGGCAGCGGGGGAAGGAGGUCUCAUCAGCCACUGUCAGAUCACCGGGGAGGUGAAGAGCCAGGUGCCCUGCACUCCCCCCACCGUCUACUCCCUGUUGGUCAACGAGCAGUCCCUUGAGCACAAGGUCCUGGCUGCUGCUGGUAGCAGCAGUUCCAUCGACAUCUUCACCAACUUCGGAUACCGUGCCUUCUCGCUGAGGUUCUCCUGACCUGUGGUGGGGGGGGGGGGCUGUGUGCCGGCUCGGAUCCUGGCUCCCUCCCUCUCCUGCCCAUUCUCCGGGAUCUGCCUUGGGCUACAGAGAUCCUCUCCAGCCCCUCCCUCCCCUGCGGGACGGCUGAACCGGUCCCAUCACCCUCCCAAGGGAACAGAGCUGCGGGAAUGCCCUCUCUUCUAGGACCAUUCUCCAAAUUUCCCCUUUGUUCAAGGAGUGUGAGGAGUGUCCUCAGGAUCGGGAGUCUCCCCCUCCCAGUUCUCCAUCCACAGUCUCGCACUCAGGGAAUCCCGUGGAUGGGAAUCUCUGAUCCUGAGGGGUGGGAAUCUCCCUUUCCUGGAUCCCACACAGACUGGAAUCUCCCUCUCCCAGAUGCCAAGGUGAGGGCACUACGGAACUGUAUGCUUGAGCUCUCCAGUCUGGGAAUAAAAGUGACAAUUUCUCUCAGCACCGUCGUGUCUCUGAGUUCAGUCACUAUCAGGACAAUCCCACAACCAUGGCGGCAGCGGGGGGAGGAGGGAGAGAUGAACAGAGACCAAUCGAUGAUCAGAAGCGUGAGAAGACGUAGCUCACUCAGGUUUGCCAAUUACAUAAGGCAUUGAUUCACGGCAGUUCGGUUUUUGAACAGUGGCCAAUCCGCAAUCAGGAUUGAUUGGCAAGAGCAAUUGAAAAUAAAGCAGGAGCAAGUGAAGUGGCCUUUGUCGGAGUGGACAGUGUGAGAGUGGUUAUUUGUGGCUUUAGCUCUUUUAAGCUUCAAUGCAGAAAGGCUCGUGGGAGGAAGUGAAAAAGCUGUUAGUAGAAUUUUUUUCAGUUUAUUUAUUGUUUCCUUCUUUAUAUUUGCACAAUUAGAUCAGUAGAGUGCCAGCCAGGAUAGUGGAAUGCUCCUCUUGCAGGAUGCGGGAAGACAGGAAGACCUUCAGUGUUCCUGACAACUCUUACCUGCAAGAAGUGCGUCCAGCUGUAGCUUCUAACAAUCUGUGUUAAGUAGUUAGAGUUGGAACUCAAUGAACUUCAGAUCAUUUGGGAGGCUGAGGGGAUGAUAGAUAGGACGUG